AUGUACAUCACCCUCUACUACAAAGUCACCCGGCUCCCUAACUCUCUUCGCUUAGCCAGGGACCACUUCCUCUCAGUUUGCCCCACCAUACUCACCAUUGACCUACUCGAGGUGUGCCUCCUAGCAGCAGAGAAGAGGAUAGUAGCUGUAGGAGCCUCUCGUGGUGACCCUCGCACCCCCAUCUUUGAGGGGUGUUCCCCCUCCCCCCUCUUGCCCUCUCUUGCUUCUGCUGCUGUUGCCGACCUCGUUGGUUUCUACGGGGUCGGCGCUACGUCUGCCCCUAGCGGGCAACGCCGCACCGACAAGGGCAAGGGGGGCAAGGGAGCUGGAGGGGCUAGCGGAGGCGGUGGAGGUGGUGGUGGCGGCGGUGGAGGGGGUGGGGGUGGUGGUGGGAGUGGUGGCGGGGGUGGUGGCGGCGGUGGAAGCAGUGGAGGCGGAGGAGGCGGCGGUGGUGGCGGAGGGAGCGGAGGUGGCGGAGGUGGCGGAGGCGGCGGAGGUGGCGGAGGCAGCGAAGGAGGCGGAGGCGGCGGCGGCGGCAGUGGAGCUGGUCGCGACUCUGCGCAGAGGAGUGGGUCCGGUGGUGGUCCGCGCCAACAGCAGCAGCGCAGUCGAUAG